ACAGAAUAGUCGUCGCUCUCUUGUGCUGUGACCGUGACAUUAUUGUUCUCUUGACAGUGGAUAUUACGAGGGGACAUAAUUUACAACUCUAGAACUAGAUCUAUAUUGACUAUAUAUAGAUAUAUAAUACAAUUAUAAUUUUAGUCCACUAACAAUCGAUCUUGAUAAAUAUCGAUCUCUGAUAUAGGCAUCAUAUAGCUCAGGUCAAGACAGUCUAGUCUAGAUCUAUAAUAAUCUAGAUCUAGAGAAUCUAGAUCUUGAUCUUAAUUUCUUACAGUUAAAAAUGUGUGCAUGUUUUUCUUUACAUGGCACUGUGACUGUUGUGGCUUUGAUUGUUCUGUCGAUGUGCAUAUUUUGCAAAGCUGAUAUUGAAAAUUAUGACAAUACAGAACGUGUAGAAACCAUUGAAGACUACAUUUGCACUCAGAGAUUUAAAGGAUGUAAAGUCAACUACAAAGAGCGUUCAUGCAUUGAAGAAGAAUUUGUGGGAUGUGAAAAUCCAUUUCCAUACAAAACUAAGAGAGAAUGUCUCAGAGAUUUUCGUGGUCAUGGCAACAUUUGUGAGUAUCGUAAACCCUGCAGAAAUAACGGCACUUGUUCACCAAUUACUACCGCCAAUCAUGUUCGAACAUUCAAAUGUGAGUGUGCUGCCACGGGUUACUAUGGUGACAGGUGUGAACAUAAAUGUCCAAAAGAUUUGUCAGCUAAGGAGCCUAAAAUGUUGGCCUGUUUACAAAUAUGAGAUCUUCCUUGACUACACAAGUACCUUACAGAAGAAGGCUACUCACUUGUGAUUGGAUAUGCCUGCUGUACCAAGGCUCACAUAGACUGGAUAUUUAUAUAGCCUAAUAUUAUGUUACUGACAAUUAUCUAAGUAUUGCAUGUCCUGUACAAGCCUCAAUGACUAAGAUAAUUAAAGAUAUUCAUGAUUAUAAGAUAAGUAGAAUGCAAUGAAAAUCAAAGAUGCCGGUAUUAAAACAAGAAAAAGUAGGCAACUGUAUAGCUUACUUAUCUACUAUCCAUAAUGUUUGUAGAUUCUAAAGUUAGAAAGUGUCUUUUUUUAAUGACACAUUGCCUGUCAAUUCUGUUUAGUUUAAUCUUUUUUUUUAAAUAUAGUGCCUAUCACCUUAAGUGAUGGUCAAGCUCAACAGAUAUUAUUGUAAGCAGCUAUUUUUUCUGGGUAUUAUUCAACCACAGAAGCUGUGAGGGAGAUCUGAAAUCCAUUGCUUACUUGUCUAGCAGAAAGAUUUCCAUCCAUUUAGUGAUAAAAGAUUAAGUGUACACAACUUUUAGUAGUCACCACAUAACACUUACAUUUUGAUGCUCAAGACAAUACUGUUCAUGAAUGGUUUAGUUUUCUUUAUACUGAGAGUGUCCAAGAAAGAUAAGGUCAAAGGUUAAUUGGAGUUGUUUUUUUAUGCUGUGACAGUGUUAAAUUUCCCUUGUGUUUUUGUAUGAGUUUAAAGACAUUAACCAUAUUUUUUGUUUUACAAAUGUAGGAAGAACACGUUAAUAAACUUUGUCUUUGAAUUUGAAAUUGUAAAACACUUAGAGAUAAAACUUACAAUGUUUUGUUUUUUAAUUUAAAUUUACUUUGUUUAAUUUCUAACUGAAAGUCAACAGUCAAAGAUUUCUUUGAGGUAUAUUUGUUAAUGACCAUAGGCAUUAAAGAGAGUUGACACAGCUAACUGUACUUUUCAACAAGAUAAUGUCUUAAAGAAAUUAAGAGCUUUUGGUGGAGUUCUGUGGUUGAAUAACAUAAGUAAAGUUAAUCAAUCACAGGAGGCCAUCAAAAAUAUAAAAUGCUAAAAAAAUAUUAAAGAUUAAAUUAAAAUUUUGAGAUUACAUAUUCUUUAUGUAGAAUCUUUUUUGAACAAAGUUUACUAGUAUAUUGUAUUUAGACCUAGGAAAAAAUGAUAACUGGAUAUAUUUCAAACCACUUGCUUGAAUUUAACUUGUUACUAUUACUUUUUAAUAUCUGCAAUAUCAACUGUAGUUUUCUUGGAAGAGUUCUAUAUGAAAAUGUUACUUCUGAACACUGCUGUAUUACUAGAUUUUAUUCAAUUAUGUUUUGUAAAUGAAAUAUUGUACAAUGGCAUGUUUGUUUGUAUUAUAGAAUUAAGUUUUUUAUAGCUAUAUAUUAAAAACAUCUUAAAUUUAUUGUAGUUUCUGCACUGAAUAAUUUUAAAAACUUUUGGAUAAUUUUUAUACUAAUUUUGUUAUGUUUGUAUAUUUGUAGAAUCUGAAUAUCAUAUUAAUGGCAUUUAUUUACUUAUAUAAUAGUUUUUAUAGUCAUUUACAGACUUCAGUGGAGAUUCAUUGUACAUUGAACCUUGUUAGUAGUGUCACUGUUAUUAAGUUUACAUCAAGUAUUUAAGUAUAGUUCUGGGUGUUCACUACAUUGUUCAUUAAACGAUGACCUUGCAGAGUUUUAUACCAUGUGAACCGAUUGAUCAGCAUGCUGAUUAGCUUUUAAAAUACGGUUUUGACAGAAUGAAUAUCUGUUGUAAGAGGUUUAGGGUAUACAACUCUAGCAGUAAUAUCUUUGACAAUAAAAUAUUCUGAUCAAGUUUAUAUUUUUGGAACACAAUAUGCAAAUGUGUUAAAUGUACAUUUUUUUUUUUAUUUUAAGAAUAACAACUGAUAUUUAGUUUUAUCCCUUUGUAUCUUUCUACAGUAGAUAUAUUGUCAUUAUAUAUUAUUUUAAAUUCUUGGCAGUAUAACUUCUAAUUGAAUUGUCUCCCUUUCAAAAUCAAAUGUAUAAAUGAAAUUUUGUUGAUUCUACACAAUCUUAUACUACUAAAAGUAAUAUCAGGACCACCAAUAAACAUUCAUUUAAGCAGCAGAGUUUCAGUUGUAUUGUGACAUUCCAAAAAGUUGAUUGUUAACUUUAAAUAAGCUGUGCCUCUUAUACAUUGAUUUUAUUGACUCAUUUUUAUAUUUAUGUAUACCUUGUAAUAAAGUGACCUUCAUUUUACAAUAUUAGAA